GGGUUUUAGCGCCGUCCCUAAUCGCCAUUCGCGCCCAUUUCAUCAUCUUAGGUACGCGUCUGCGGUCGCCCUGUCUUUUCGUGUUAAAAUGCCACGGUCCAUUGACCUGGAGCCGUACAAGGCUGAAAUCAUCUCCCUCUUUCAAAAUAAUACCACUUCUGCGGAUAUCGCGUCGCAUCUUCAACGAUCCCAUCGCCUUCAGGUCCGUGAACGAACAAUCAAGGCACGACUGCGUUCCUGGGGUGUCUCCAAGCGCAAUCGCACGGCGACCUCCAAUCCUCAACUUCACACUAGAAUUUCCGAGUUGUUCCUUAAUCAAGGUCUUGAGGAGAGAGAAUUACUCCAAGUCUUACAAUCGGAAGGAUUUCAGAUCUCUUCUCGCACCCUACGGCGAAUCCGUACCCAGCUGGGUUUGGUUCGACGGACAGACGAUCCAGUCCAGCGACAAAUGCAAGAAGACGAAGCAUUAAAAUACCUUCGCGAGGAAUCUAAGAAAGGCACUCUGAAAGGUUACGGAAGAGGGCUGCUUACCUCUCAUAUACGUGGACAAGGCAUCAUUAUUGCACGUGACCGUCUUUUUAAUCUUUAUCGUACAAUCCCUCGUGGCUCAACUUCUCCCUAACGGGAGAUUUAUCUCCAUUAGAGACGAACCCGCCCCACAGCAUUUCUAAUCUGUCGUUUGAUUUCUAUCCAGUCGUUCUCAUCCCUU